UGUGGACGGAUUGAUGAGACCUAUGAAACUCAUGAUCGUCGGUCUACGUUGCGCCUGUUUUACCCGCUUUGUGAUCGGGGGUUUGGCGGCUGUCCAAGCAUCUCAUUGGGAACCACGUUUCCCGUGAUGGAUUCUAGUAAUCAUUCAAGUCGAAAUGAUAUCGGUGGGUCUCAGAUGGUGAUUCAGCAGUAUGCCAGGUACCCAUCAACGCUGGAGUCCGCGCUGCAAAGUGCUUCUUCUCUGGGAAGUGCUCGAAGUCAAGCCGAAGCAGCAAAUCAAUCACCCCCGGUACACCGCAAAGGAACUCCACGGAGCCUGCAGUCGUCACCGAGAGGAAUGCGCUCUGCGAUACCUCCAUCUUCAGCUGCUCGGUCCGGACCGUCCAUGUCUCCACCUCUCUUGGAGGCCAUGCGUCAGCACCAGAUGAAGGAUCCCACGGAUCAAGCAGAAUCUCGAGUAUUGCCCUCUCGAGAUUUCACCGACGAGACAAUCGAUGAUACUUACGUUGCAUUUAUCUUGUAUUGCAAUCCUAAUGUUCCGUCUUCCGUUGAUACUUCAGAGCUGCGGAAGACGUUUCGCUGUCCUCCACGCAGCGAUGGCAAAAGCUUCAGUGUCUUCAGAUUAUUUGAGCUCAUCCGCAAACUUGAUAGCAGAGAGCUCAAAACGUGGAUUCAAUUGGCAAUUGAGCUCGGAGUUGAACCCCCUUCCAUGGAAAAGAAGCAAAGUACCCAGAAGGUUCAGCAGUAUGCCGUCAGGCUCAAGCGAUGGAUGCGCGCGAUGCAUGUUGAUGCCUUCUUCGAGUUUUGCAUGGGCCACCCCCAUGCGUACUACACCCAGCUUCCUCCCUCUGCCCCUUUCGUAGGCGAGCCCCGCGACGGCGUGCCACUGGAGGAAGAUUUGGCGCUGCGAGCUUUGGUUCCUCAAUGGAAGCCUAAGCGUGGCAGAAAGAGAGCCGAGGAAAGAGAACUCGAAGAGGAGAAAAUCAUCAAGAGGCCCCAACUGGACACUUCUGUAGCAGCAUUGCACCAAGGAACCUUUCAGGACCACUCGGUCACAUUUCCACAGAGCGCUAUUCCUUUCAGUGCAUUUCCUGAUGCCGAUGGUCAAGAUCCAUGGAUGACGGCAUCAUCAGCAUUCCCACAGGGCGGUUCAUCGGACCAGCACGGGCAGGAACUUCGUUGGAGGCUUCCGGAGCGAGACACGUCGCCCGCUAAUUACCCCCAGUCGGCCAUCACUCCCCGAGGAAACCAACCUGCUGAUGUUAUCAUGUCAGGUGAGCCAAUGUCCGCCGUCACACCGUCAUCCGGCAGUAGGGGUCGUACUCGACGGCGACAUGGCCCAGCUGUUUCAUCUGCUUGGCCGAGCAGCAAUGGCUCCUCGACUGGCAAAAGUCGAGGGAGGCCACCCAGUAAGCCAUCAACAUCGGGAUCAUUCUCCACGUUUCAAGUCAACCCAAGCCGAGAACCCUCACAAAUCCCGCAUGUACCUGCAGUUCUAUCGUCGCCAUUUCCUGUUGAUCACAAUUCUUCCGCCCCAAUUCCAAACGCUUGCAGCGAGUCACCAACCCCGGCCAACAAUGGAAGGCCAGGUAAGCUUCAGUUACAGGUCCCUCAGCAUUUGGGAGCACCCGUGAGGCUUGCAACACCCCCAACACUUUUGAUCAAUGGUGCGAAUGGUGCAGAAAUUCACCAGGUUGAGGGAUCCGAGGAGCCUCGACAUGACAGUGUGGGUUCUAUUCGUGGCCAAGUAUUCGAGGGUACAGAUCCAAAGAUCCCUAUAGAUGAUAUUAUCCGCGCUUUAUCUGAAGAGCUUCUUCAAGCCCGCAUGACGGGACGGAUGGUACCCUUGAAUACGCAUGAAGCUCGAGGUUUGGCUUCGGCAAUGGUGACAAGCUUCUUGACCAUGCAUUCACAUCUUCCGCAUGGUCUUCCAUCUCGUCUCCUAGCUUUCCAUCUUGGCGUCAGUCAUCGCUUCGGACUUCCAGCACCCAACCCAGUGACAAUAAUUGUCAACGCUCAUCAAAGUUCUGCGAAUACCUACACUGGUAGCGGAAUGGCUAGCACUAAUAUUGGGACACGGUUCACCAUCUCGUUUGAAUACAACCGAUCAUGCCAUUUCUCUAUGCAGAUCGCGCUGGGAAAUCAAGGCCCAGCCACCGCAGACUCUUCUAACAAAACGCUUGAAGAUAAUGACGCAGAUGAGUUUGAUAUCGAGGAAGAUGACCUUGAACGUCCUGUCUCCGAGGCAAGCUGGAGACAACGGUACAUGAAGCUCCGGACACAGAUGAAGAAGAAGGAGCAAGCUUGGUCCCAGUAUAAACGCAAGAUCGUUGAAUCGGUCAUGGCUGAUAUUUGA